AUGCAAAGAUAUACCAAUAUAUGGUUACCGGAGGAUCCCGAUCUAGCCUUGAAAUAUUUAAAACGACUUAAGGGAAUGAACAUGACACUGGACAUUUUAACUAAGACAGGAGUCGGGAUCAUAAUAAAUAAGAUAAGAAAGAUAUCAGAAAACCCUGAAAUUACUUCUCUUGGAAAAAACCUUAUUAAACAGUGGAAAAAAUUGGUUCCUGUUUCUGGAUCCAAGCGAUCGCCAGAGGAUGCCGGCAAUGAUGCCGUCUCAGAUGAUGGCUCCGGGGCACCUUCAAACUCAAAGAAAUCUCGAAAAACAUCAGUAGUGCAAGAGGAACCGCAUACGAAGCCCAGAGAUUUUCCAUUAAAUCUUUUCCCUAGCAAGCAACAUGCAACUUCCGACUCCACAAGACUCAAAGCGCGUGAAAUGAUACAGUCCGCAUUAAGUAGCGGCGGUGAGUCCAUAUUUCACAAUUAUUUGGCUUACUGUUAUGAGUCUUAUGUUCCUAAAGCAAUUUUCCUGACUUCAGAUACCCCUGCUGGUGGUUACGAGGCGGAAUAUCUAGCUAUUCGUGUGGAAUGUGCAAUCUUCGAAUUAUUUGGACAUUCUGGCGAUCCUAAGUACAAGCAACGGGUUCGGACGAGGGUGAUGAAUUUACGUGAUUCGAAUAAUCCUAAUCUAAGGAUUAACGUCUUGAUGGGACAUGUCAGUCCUGAAAAACUCGCAUCUAUGACUUCUGAGGUAGAUUUCCUUAAAUUUAUUGCUGAAUAUUUGAGCAUUCAAUUUGUUUUUCCUCAAAUUUUCAUUUAUCUUACUAAAAACCUACAUCUAUCUUUUUUUCAAUUUUUAUAA